AUGAGGUUAGGUGAGAAGGACCUUAUUCCAUCUUCAGGGAGUCGCCGCCGCCUCGCAUUUCUGAAGAGGACACAAACAUUAAUCAACCUCAGAAGAACACCUAAAAAUAGAGUAGGAGUCCUCCCGCCGGCAAGGGUCGGGGUUCACCGCGCCUCCAAGGACCUAAGACCACAGGAGAUGAGGCAGACCGGCGGUGGCUCCGACGGGAGGCAUGAGGUCCAUGUCGUCUGGGAGGCCUUUCUUGGGGACAAGGACAACUUUUCUGCUUUCAUCAUUCUAGACGAAGUCCUACGCGGCGAGAUGAGCAAUUCCUGUGAGUGCUGCAAGAGAUACUGGACUCAUUUGCAUGGAAAGGUCAAGUGUUUCUUCACGCACAUGGAUAGACACUCUAGGCAUAGCAUGGUCAUACCAGAGAGAUUUGUGAACUAUUUCGCGUGGAAGCUGUCAGGAACCAUUGAACUAGAAGCCCCCAACGGCAAUGUGUACGAUGUUGGAAUUACUGAGCGUAGGAACAAAACAUUACUCAGAUCUGGGUGGGAGGCGUUUGUCGAUGCCAACCAUAUAGUAGAGAACGACUCAUUGAUGUUCCGAUACCGUGGAAGUUGUCGCUUCAAGGUUGUGGUCUUUGAUUCUAGUGGUUGUGAGAAAGUGGUGUCCUGUGCUCGCAUACUGACCAAUAUUAGUGAUCAAGAACCAAGCACAAAUUCUGCAGACAUUUCGACCAGUUUCAGUGAUGGUAAUACUCCUUCGUCAGUACGAGCACGAUCAGAUGAUUGCCAGAGUGGAAGCUCAGGCCACCGUAGAAAACGAGCAAAGAAAGAUGUGAUAUCUUAUCCUUCGGAGGGAGAAGACAGUCCAGAUGAGCACAAGUCAUCUGAAUCCGAAGAUAUUGAACAUAUUCGAUUAACACCCGAGCAUGAUGAUACAGACCCCUGCAUGAUGCCAAUGGGUACCCGUCUAACGCAAGUGCAGGAGAAGAAAGUUCUAAAGAAAGUAGGAGCCAUUGCAUCCGAUCUGCACAUCUACGUCGCAGUCAUGACCAGGCGCAUUGUCCUCGUCUCCCUAACCUUCGCCACACAAUACUCUGAAACGUACCUUCGGAAGGGGAGCCGGAGUUUGGUGCUUCAGGCUGAGGGGAAGAGCCAGCGAUGGCAUACUGAGUUGCACGACACCAAACGGACCCUGAGGAUAUGUCGAGGCUGGACUUCUUUUGCCAGAGACAACAACCUGCGGGAGAGGGACAUCUGCCUCUUCGAGCUAAUGAAAAACGAGGGGGAGCAGAAGAAGAUGAUGGUCUAUAUCAUUCGCCGUGAGCGUUGCUAGUUUCACGCUCUUGACAAGAGGCAGAGAGGUCUCUGCUCUUUGUGCUGGCAUUUUGUAUGUUGCUGAUGGGGCUCUUUGCUGCUUUUGUGAUCUGGAAGUAGAACUAUGGGCAUGGCCACUCUGGAAUGAGUAACAAACCUAUAUCUGCAUGGCAAACUAGAAACUUAGUUUUAAACAUAAACAGGUUGUGAUUUCUUUCUUCAGUGGCAGCCCUAUUUUGUGGCAUGAAUUUAAACUAGUUGUGCUGACAACGUUUGUAUGAGGAAGCCACUUAAUUGUUUGUAUCCUCUGAAGUUUGUUGAACUCAUGAUGCCUAGUUUCUUAGUUCACUUGUGUACUUCCCUUGGGUUGAUGCAAAUUCAGUGCAUAUCAGAAUGUACUCUACUCACUACGGUAAAUCCAAC